AUGGCACUUUUCAUUGGCCGUAUCCCAAAGAGCAUGAGUACUCGUGAGUUGGAGAGUAUCUUUACGAAAUAUGGCAAGAUCACUCGAUUGGAUGUCAAGACAGACUUUGGCUUUGUCGAAUUCGAAGAUAAGCGUGAUGCGGAGGAGGCCAUGAACGAGAUCCAUGGAAAGGAACUCGUGGUGGAGUGGGCCAAGAACAAUGGAAAGCGCCCCAACGAGAACGAAUGUUUCAACUGUGGCAAAGAUGGUGUGUUUCCUAACGGCAGACAUUGGGCCAAGGAUUGCCGUGAAAAGCCUCGUGGUGACAGACGCGGACCUCGACGGGACUUUGGGCGUGACAGAAGAGGAGGAGGAAGAGACAGAGAUUUUGAUCGCCGUGAUCGCCGCCGUGAUGAUAGAGACAGAUCUCCUCGUCGCGACAGAGACAGAGAUUAUGGCAGUGAAAGAAGAUCGCGUCGUGACGAUCGCGAACGCAGCCCUGGUCCUGAACGUCGUCAGUAG